AUGCCUGGAUUCAUGAUGGAAUUGCUUCGUCAGCAGAGAGAGAUGAUGGCAAUGAACCAGCAGCUCGUUGCGACGAUGCUCCGGAGAAUGGAUCUGGAGGAAGAGAGAAGGAACGCGGAAGAGAAAGUUCACGAGGCAGCUGAAGCGGCCAAGCAGGCAGCAGAGGCAGCUAAGACUCGGGACCUCUUCCAGCCGAGCACUGCUCCCGCGAGCAGUUCUGCCGCGAGUUCGGCAGUUUCUCCGGCAGUUCCGUCUCCCUCUGGGUACUCUGGUGCUGGAGGCCGUGCAGAGAAGUAUCUGCCGAACCUUCCGGUGAUAGACCAUCAAGGCAUGGGGAAAGGGCGCAUGAAGGAGGUAGAGACUUGGCACUCCUUUAUGGAGACGCUGAGUUCCUGGCUUGCCCUGCAGGAAGAAGCGUUUGUUCGGGAACUGCAGCUCUGUAUCCCUGUGAAGAAGGAGAUUCUGCAGGCUGACUUGAAUCCUGACACUGCAGCGCGGAGCUCCAAGCUGUUCUACUACUUGACUCAGUCCCUCGCCAAGUGGGAGCGGGGAAGCGAGCUCUUGAGGUCCUGCUCGAAGAGGCAGGGGCAGAGCGCCUGCGGCUACGAGGUGAUUAGAACGAUUACCUCUCAGUACUCCAUCGUGUCGCGGAUGGAAGCUGUCUUCGUGAGAGAACAGGCUUUGAAGUUGUACCAGCACGUUGGGCAUCUGAAGAGGCCCACCGACUUGAUUCGACAUCUUGAGGAUUCGUUUUCGAAGUCUGAAGCGAAGCUGAGCAACUUUCCGGAGCUUCAGUUGUCUGAGGCGGACCGUUGCUCUGUUCUUUUACAGAGCUUGGGUGCAGAAGUGCGUCAGUACGUGGUACUGCACGGGUCUAGCUCGAACUGGGAAGCUCUUCGAAGGACGCUGACUUACUACGAGGAGCAGCUGCGACUGUGUGAGGCCCCUGGGUCUUCGGGCCGAGCCUUGCAGGAGAAGCUUUGCGACUACUGCGGGAAGAAGGGACACACAGCCGACAAGUGUUGGCAGCGCCAAAAGGAAGAACGCGGUGGUGCUCCGAAGGGCAAAGGGAAAGGAGACAAAGGAAAGCCGAAAGGCAAAGGCGACCAGACUCCCAAGGGAUCUGGCACGCCCCGUGGUUCCGAGAAGGGCCGAGUCGGGAGGAAGCGCCACAGUGAUGGCGAUGAGGUUUUCCUGUCCUGGGCGUGGUUCUUCGGAGCCCUCUUCUUCGGAUUUCGUGUUGUUAAGAAGUACGACCGAACGGCCAAUCUGUUCAACGCCUCGGGUGGUGCGAUCGUCGUUUCGGGGGUUGUCGACCUUGAGGUUCAUUUUGGAGAUGUUUUCCUGAGACUGGAAGAGGUCUUGGUGGCGGAUGUUGGGUUCAACGUUGUUUCGCCUUGGACCGGGUCGGAACGGGGCUGGAAAACCUAUCUAGCCAAAUCGGGAUCACGAUUGUACAAAGGAAACGGAAAGAAGAGCAUCAAGCUGAUGGGCGCUUCGCGUGCCUGGUGGGCUCUGAGCGGGAGGUCCAAGGGCAGGGGGAAAGAAAAUUCUUCCAGACGCCCCCCGAAAGGGAUCGAGGACAUGGAGAUAGAUGCCUUGAAGGACCGCGACCUGCUAGGAUCGAGCAAGGAGUCCACCGCAGGACCCCAGAAGCCUGGAGAAGGAAUCCUGAAGAAAGGAAGAAAGACUUCGGAAGAAGACGAGUCUGGCCGCCACGCUUUGGCUGCAGUGCACGGCGCUUGA